AUGUCGGCACCAACGAUGAACUCGACAUCUGUGCUCACAGAACAUUUACAAUACCCUGCGAUAUCACUCGUGGAUGAUAUUAUCAAUGCAGUAAAUGAGAUUAUGUACAGAUGUACAGCAGCGAUGGAGAAGUACCUGCUGGAGAGAAGCGUUGUUGAUGGAGAGGAUUACACAGAAGAAGUUAGGGUUGGGAUUGCCAAGUUAGAGACCUUGUUGGAGAGCUCAGUGGAUAAGAAUUUUGACAAGUUAGAGUUAUAUGUGUUGCGUAACGUCUUACGCAUACCGCAGGAAUUAUUGGAUGCCAAUGUCUUCCGACUGGCGCACCAACGAGACUUUGAGGUGAUAGAUGACUCACAGUGGGAAGCCAGUGGACGAGAUUUGCAAGAGAAAAUACGACAGAUCGAAUCUGCGUUCAAUUUACACCAGCAACUUAUGAAACAAAUCCGUGCGACUCGUGCCUUGCACAGCGAUGUACUAAAAUUUAAGAAAUCGUUGGUUAAAGUACUCGAAUGUCGGGAUUCUUCAUUGAGACCCGUGUUUGAUUCAUUAAAACCCGUGGACGACUCACUCAGACUCAUCACAACUCAAUUGCGCCAACUAUACGUGGAGAGCGAAGAGUACGGUUCACAAGAACGAAUCGACUCGAUCACAUCUCGGGCCCAAUCAAAUCGCACAACACUCAAGUCCCGCUCUCACUACAUUGAUACGAGAGCCAGAGCGAUAUUGAACAACUCAACGACCACUUACGAGUCAAGACCCUCUAGAAUCGAGAUCCAGGACCCUGACCUUUCACAGCUCGACAUCACGUGA